CGCGGCUCGAGUGCCUGGCUGGUUCCCGCUUCCGUGUCCGCCCCGGCCCCGGCCCCGGCCCCGGCCCCGGCCCCCGCUCCCGCUUCGGCCUCAGCACCGCUCCCCGCUCCGCCGCGGCCCAUCGAGCCCGGCGGGCCGCCGAGCCGCCAGCGCCGGCCGCCGAGCUCCGUGUGCCCGGGCGGGGGGCCAUGCCGUGUCGGAGGGAGGAGGAAGAGGAAGCCGGCGAGGAAGCGGAGGGGGAGGCGGAGGAGGAGGAGGAGGAGGACAGCUUCCUCCUGCUGGAGCAGUCGGUGACGCUGGGCGGCUCGGGCGAGGUGGACCUGCUGGUGGCCCAGAUCGGCGAGGCGCUGCAGCUGGACGCGGCUCAGGACAGCCCGGCCUCCCCGUGCGCGCCCCCGGGGCCGCCGCUGCAGCCCCCGCGGCCCCCGGCGGCCGUGCGGGCGGACAAGGCCCGGCCCCCUGCGCUGCCACUGCUGCUGCCGCCCGCGCCGGCCGAGGCGGUGGGCCCGGCGCCCCCGGGGGCCCUGCGCUGCGCCCUCGGGGACCGCGGCCGCGUGCGGGGCCGGGCUGCGCCCUACUUCGUGGCCGAGCUCGCCGCAGGCCCCAGCGCUCUGUCCCCACUGGCCCCUCAUCCCGGCUUUGAUGGGCCUUCGGGAGCCAACAAGCGGGGCGCCCCGCAGCCGCUGUCCGGCCCGUGCCGGCGAGGUUGGCUGCGAGGCGCCGCCGCCUCCCGCCGCCUACAACAGCGACGCGGGACCCAGCUCGAAUCCCGCACCGGCGACGACGAUCCGCACCGGCUCCUGCAGCAGCUGGUGCUCUCGGGGAACCUCAUCAAGGAGGCUGUGCGGAGGCUUCAUUCGCGACGGCUGCAGUUACACGCAAAGCUUCCCCAGCGCCCGCUCACGGGGCCUCUGUCGGCCCCAGUGCAUGAGCCCCCUUCGCCCCACAGCCCUCGCGCGGCCUGCAGCGACCCCGGCGCGUCUGGGAGGAGGGCGCAGCUCAAAACUGGCGACGGCGUUCUGGUACCUGGCAGCUAACACCCCGAGUGGCCACAGUGCCAGCCUCUGCCUGGAGGGCAAGGGAUUCCGCUGAGGGCUGCAUCCCUAUUCAGACUGGUGAACUCGCGCAGUUGGAAACGGGAAAAUAAGCUAAUGCAGACGAGGAAUGGAAAAACCGCGAAUAUUUCCUUGGGGAAUUAAUGGAGGGCUCCAGUGUGUUUGAAACAGCUUGGUUGGCCCUAUUUGUGAGGCAGAUUACAGAGCGCACUCCCAAGCUCACAUUCAGUAGGACUCCUUAUUUGGCUUGACCAGCCCCGGCGGUGCAGCUUGCAGUUCCACGCAGCCUCUCGGAGCCCUUCAGCCCGGCGACCAUGUGGCCACACUCCACGCUUCUCGGGAUCGCCGAGCGUCUGAAAGACGAGGAUGAUCCCAGUUACUUUACCUUUUCAGGGCUGGUUCCUGAUCCACUUUGGGGGAGGGGAACAUGAGUAGACCGUCAUUUCAGGGAAAACCUCAAACUGCCAGACUUGAAAAUUUGUGACUCUUAAAAAAAAAAACAAAAACGCAUCUCAUGUCUUUUGGGUGCUGGUUCUUAAUACAAAACACGCGGUACCAUGAAAGGACUUUUUGGGAGUUGAAUAGGAGUAACGUUUUCUCUGUCCCCCUUUUUGCAACUGGCUGCGGUUCUCAGCGUGGCAGGGAAAGCCGUCCCUCUCCUCCUCGGGUUCAAGGUCACUGUUUCCUGAGCACAGGCAGGGUUCCGGGGUUCCAGUAGAGCAGAAGAGUUGCCGGGUUCUGCCUGUACUCCGGAGAAGAGCUCGGUGUUUUGCAAGUACUGGAGUCUCCUAAGGACACGCGCACCGCGGCCACCGCGGGUAUGGGGAGGCGGGGACGUGACGGGCGCCGGUGCCUUCUGCGGGCAGCCGCGCCCUGGGCUUUCACAGAAACUGCCCAGAGUCUUAGCCUCGGGUCCCUGCGCUCCCCCCACGGCUCUGCUGUCCUACUCCAAGUGGGUGGCGCUGGUGCUCCUCGGGGCCAGGGCUGGGGGCUGGGGAGACGCCACGUGACGCGCACUCCGGGGACACAGCCUCGCACAGCAGCUUAUAAUGGACUCUCCGGGGCCAUUUGCAAUAACAGCUGCAAUUCCCUGGAUAGACGGAGUUGAUUUCCUCCCUCUGCCCCUCCCCCAGGCAUGCCAGCUCGCCUUUGUAAGUGAAGGAAACCGAGUAGAAAAUGUGACCCUCCAAACGGAGAAGCUGCAGGCUUUGCCAUUGUGAAUGGUGGUAAAGUGCUUUAACAUACCGUUCACUUACUCUGAGGGAUCUAAAACCGUUUUGUGGGUGUUUUAGUUUUGUAAGAUUCAAUGGCUUGUUCAUCAUCCAGAUGUGGCUAUUGACAUAUCUACACUUCGCACCGGAGUGUCUGGAAUUGUGGCUAUCCUGAUUGUAGGAUUUUAACUUAACUGAAAUACUUGUUUUUAAUAAAUGCGUUGGGUUUUUUUGUUGGGUUUA